GAGCAUCGACCCGGCUCCACGAGCCGCAGCGUCCUCUCUCAGGGGUCACAGGCAGCCGCUGCUGGUAUUAGCAUUGCUGUUGCCGGGCGGAGUGCAGCUUGUUGGGACAGACCGUGGCAGAGGACGCAGCUGUCACACGCUGGAUGAGAGGAGUCUCGACGCUGAGCAGAGGGACGAGGAAAUAAGUGUAAUGACCAUAUGUCGUCAAACGGGAAACGUUAAAAAAAACUGAACGCUAAACAAUUGCUAGUGUUGACGCUAUUAUUUUAGGCUUUCAAAGUUGUCUGCGCGGACGCACCGUUGAGGCUGGAGCGUCGUUCGGUCGCUUGACUCACGUUGCCGCCCAGACGGUAGUUACGACGACGAGCCACUAACAAUCCAUGCGGACAGUGUGCUGCUAGAGGUAGCUUACAGCCUUCGAGAAGAAUCAAACCGACGGGGCAACUGCAUCUCGCGGAACCGAGGAGGACAUCGUAAGAAGGACAGAGUCGAAGCAGCAUGGUUACCACAAAGGGAGCAGGGCUGAACCCCAAUGCUAAAGUGUGGCAGGAGAUCCCUGCCAACCAGAAUGACAACCCAGAGGAGACUGAGGAUUCUCCUUGGCUCCUCACCUACCCUCCUGCUGAGAUGACCGACGAAGUUCCGAUGACAGGAGGAAAAGGAUACGAGGCUGAAUACCCUGACUGCACUGCUGACUAUGCCUCUGUACUCACAGAGGGCAUUGUAAAUGGCUCUGACCACCCUGACUUUGGGUAUUUACUCUUUGACCCUCAAUGCGAAUCCGUCCUAGAUGCUAAUGCUUCUGAAAAGCAACCAAUGUCUGAGGAAACCCUCAGAGCAUCUUUGAAGAAACUGCUCGAGUUCUGCUUUUCUAGAGAGAACCUUUCUAAGGACCUGUACCUGAUAUCCCAGAUGGACAGUGAUCAGUUUGUUUCCAUCUGGACUGUUGCUUGCAUGGAGGACAUCAAAGCCCUGACCACUGAUACGACCCUUAUUCUGGAUGUCCUGCGAGCUUCGUCUAUGGUGCAAGUUGAUGAAGCUGGAGAGAAGGUUCGGCCAAACCACAGUCGCUGCAUCAUCAUUCUGAGAGAGGUGCCAGAGACUACACCAAUUGAGGAAGUGGAGGCUCUUUUUAAGAGUGAAAACUGUCCAGAAGUGUUAAGUGCUGAGAUUGCACACAACAGUAACUGGUACAUAACAUUCCAGUCUGAUCUGGAUGCACAACAGGCCUACAGAUACCUAAGAGAGGAAGUGAAAAUGUUCCAGGGAAAACCAAUCAUGGCGCGCAUUAAGGCCAUUAACACAUUCUUUGGUAAGAACAGCUUCCGCAGUGUGGACUCGACUGUGUAUAGUCAGCCUGCCCAACCACAGGCUCAAUAUAGCUCCCCAGUCUACAUGCAGCAGUCGUACAGCCCUCAACAGCAGUACCCUGUAUACCCUGUGGUGUCUCCCUCCUGGAACCCUGCGGUCAUCCCUUACUUUGAAACGCCACUGGCACCUUUUCCGCAUACCGGUUUCAUGAAUGGUUACAGCAGUCCUGGGAACUACGAAGCAAAUGCAAGCGCCAUCAACACCCAUCGACCCAUGAGCAGGAACCGAAACCAUGUUAAGGGUCACCCAAGACCUGGAGACUUGCCUUCUUCUUCUCUGCCUCCUGGGCCACUGAUGGAUGGCCUGUGUGGUCCUUCAAGUCCAGGGCCCCUCCAGACAUCGGGGAUGGCGAUUGGCACCACUUCAGCAACAGCCUCCCUGUCAUCCUUCAGCCUUAAAGACUCUCCACAGGCCCCCAUACCCAGUGGGUAUUUGAGUGGAGCUGCACGGGGCCGGAAAGGAAGCUACAGAGGCAUGAGGAUGAAAAGAGAAGAUGAACAUACCACGAAGCCUGUCCCUUUGAUGGAGGCCAAGGUACCUCCUCCACCCAAAUUUGACCUGGCAGCUUCCAAUUUUCCUCCUUUACCGGGAUCUGGUGUCAGUAUCCUGGGAGAAAUUGUGUCAGAGAUGCGCCUCUCUGAUGUUGUGCGUGGCCUGAAGGUGCCUAACAAGCCUGUGAGCCCAGAGGUUAACGAUACUCGACAAACAUGCAUAUCUGACGAUGCCACGAGCAAACCAAAUGCUGUGACCCCGGUUGCUAAACUUGCUCCUGUGACGCAACUCUCAUUGGCACUACCAGUCCUGAGUGCUUCACCUUCGGUAGAGGACGAGGAUAAAGCUGAACCGUCUGUUCCAGAAGAAGAAAUCUCCACGUCCCCGCAGACUGCCUCCCCAACAGCCUCUGAAAUGGCUCGGUCCGUUUGCAGCCAAUCUGUUGCUACUGAAGCACCUUCCUCAUCGCCCCCAUCUCCAACAUCGGAUUUGGGGGCAAGAAAACUGAGCUAUGCGGAGGUGUGCCAGCGACUGGCCAAGGAACCGCCCCCAGCACAGAUGCAGCCUCCCUCCCCUCCUGCCUCCUCAGCUAGCCAACCCCUGCAAGAGCUCAAGGUCAACAGGGUUGAGGAGCCUCGGCCCAACUCCAGGCGCACUACGGAGAAACCUGGAGACAGCCGCCCACCUCGCCAACCAUUACGCUCCUUCAGAGGGGCGAAUGGCCAAGUCAGAUCCGGAGCACUGAAGACUCGGGAGCAUCCGAGAGGCCCGAAUACUGGAAAAGCGUUUUCCCCCCACCGGGGAGCCAGGCGCAGUGGCAAAGAACAGAACAUUCCCCCUCAAUCUCCAAAAUAACUGAAGAAAAAGGAACCUUUCAUACAUUAACCGAAACAGAAAAGAAAAACAAUAUUUAUGUAAAUAUAUAAUAUGUAAAUAGACAGAUGAAUAUAUUUCAUUUGACAGACUUUUUCAAAGAAUCGUAGUAUUGUUGCAGACCUGAAAUAUUUUUUUAGUAAGAUGCAUAUUGUCUGCUGAAAGAAUUGUUGAGACAUACUUUGCUUAAAGUAAUCUCACCAUUACGUUCCCAAGAGACGCCUCCCCAAACUAAAUCUGUUGUGUGAAUCUGCAUUUAUCGUGAGGGAUGUUGUUACUUUUAAAUAUUAGGCAGUAUUAAGCAAGCGCUGUCCACAUCCAAAAUGAUGAAUGAGGCACUUUGGAUUUUGCGAGUACUUCUUGUUGGCAUGAGAUUCACCGAGUCCUUGAUACCAAAUUAGUUUUGCAUUUAAAUCAAGGAUUUGUGGAAGACGUUGAUUCCAUGGCGGAAUAAGAGAAACGGUGAUACAUUUUUAACGACGGAAGGUAUGAACUUUGAGUAGCUAUAUUUCAAGGCCUUACAUUAUGUUUAAACGGUCUACAAAGAUGCUGAUUUAAUAUGAAAUGACAUAUAUUCAUAACAGUGUUGUGUAAUAACUAUAAUCCUUCAGUGUUUAUGCAGUAGUCAUCUUUUUGAUGCAGAUAUUAGAUCACGACUACUAACAUUUUGAAUAGGCCUACUCGCUGGAGUAGAUAAGCUUAUUUAGUUUUUUUUUACAAGAUUGUAUCAGUGAUUUAACUACUGUGCAAAUCUGAAUAUCUUGUAAAAAUUCUAUAGCAUGAAAAUUCAUGAGAAUCGUAGUUGUCAGUCAAAUAACCUCCUGUUAGCUGAAGUUUAUCUGGCGUAAAUAGGAGCAGAAAGACUCCAUGUUUUAUCAGAUGUUAAUAAUGCUGGUGUGUGUCACGCAAGAUUACAGGGUUUGACGGCUAACUGGUUCCAGGCUUGGCUUCUAAUAUGAAUGAUUCUGUAUGUUCAGGUUCGGGAAGGGUUCUAGAGUAGGAUGGGAGAUCCUGAAGCUGUCCUUAGUGACGAGCAUGUGAAUUGCUAAAAGGCAUUUGAUGAUCUGAGGGACCUCAGGAGGAGAAAUUGGAUUUUCUUCUAAAACAGAAAUGUGUAGCCUCUUAAUUAAUGUAGCUAUUUAAUAGUUGAUGUCAUGGCCAGUGUCUCAACUUGAUUCGGUGACAUUGAUUGCUUGCAUCAUCUCUUGAUUAGAUGCAUAAUCUUUUUGGCAUAAAACCACUUUUGAGCUUGAUCUUGUAAAUGUCCAUAUGUAGUAGCUUUCCUUCUAAUGUGUGUAUAUACAGAUUUUUUGUUUUUCCUGCAGUAGAAGAGUUUUUAUUUGAUUAUUUUAUUUUUAUUGAAUGUUUGUGUAAUAUUAGGAAAUAUGUGCGUUAGAAUGAUCUGAAAAAACAUACUUAGUUAUUGAUGACUGAAUUGGAUGCUGAUCAGCCGCUCAACGGUGAGCAGAACUUGACUGGACAUGUCGUGGCGGGAGUCGAAAUGCACUAACGUCAAAUCCCCAGGCUUUUUAUCCUAAAAUAAGUUAGAAAUGGAAUGGGCUUUCACAGAAAUGCUCGAUUUGAGUUUAAAUGUGUUUUCAUUUUGUCAGAUUAGUCUGUUGUUGCAAAUGGAAAUGAGCAAAAGUUGAUAGAAGUGUAGAUGUUGGGGAUUAGGGGAGAUAACGCCUCUACCUAGGAUAGAUGUCCUCUGCUCGUAGGACUUGAUACAGUGUUCUGUGUCUUGUAAUCAGUAGUUCAGUUGUCGCCAGUGUAUAUUGUAUUAUGUUUGUGGAAGAGCGAUUGUAUUGGCUUCAGACUGCAUGGAACUAUUAUCUCAAACGAAACCUCCAGUGCCUUAACGAAUUUCAGUAAAAAAAAAAAAAGGUGCAAGGAUUGUGAGACCAUCAGUUUGUCUCUACACGUUAAUUGGUUCUCAAUCCAACAUUAUCAGUUUUUGACAGACACUGGAUCCUACUCUAUGCCGAUGUCGUUUAUUGUCGGUGCAGCUGCAGGGCUGGGGCUGGUUAGUGGAGCUUAAUGCGUGUGGCAUGUUUGUUUGUCCCUUAUGAUGCAUUUCAUUUUCUUCGCUUGUCAAUGCAAUGUCAGUCUUGUAUGAGAAUCUUGCGUUUAACUCACAAUCAAAUAUGAGAUUGCCGUUUCAGCCAAAUACACUGGUUUAUUAUGUGAUUGUGAUUGCUGAGCCAUCAGAGGUAUAACAAUAAAAAUUACAAAAAAAUA